GCACCCACAAGCAAACAAAAAGAGAGGCUAAACACAUCAAAAUCUUUUUAGACGACAACAGGAACACAGUCCUUAAGCAAAGAUGGGGCCCGGAUUGUUCUGGAACUUUCCAUCCAAGACUAGCUGCACGGUUCCACAGAGCCUGCUGCAGACAAUGUUGCACUCCAGGAUGGCUGGCAUGAAGGAUCAGCAAUUCACUGAGGAGAAACCGCUACUGCCAGAAUCCAGGGGACAGGAAACAGAGAUGGCUAAAGGACAGUGUGUGCACGUGCCGCUGCCCUGUGCUACGCCCUCCCCCCACAAGGCUCGCCCCCCAAAACGCUGGCAUGCCAUCGCCCGACACUGGCUCGGCCUGACGCGCCGUCGGACCAGCGGGUACUUCCCGGAAAACUGCGAUACCUUUGUGGCUACAGGAGACUGGAAGGAACAUGACAUUGAAACCCCUUAUGGGAUGUUGCAUGUGGUGAUCCGCGGGGCUCCCAAGGGCAACAAGCCAGCUAUCCUUACCUACCAUGAUGUUGGGCUCAACCACAAGCUGUGCUUCAACACCUUCUUCCACAAUGAAGAUAUGCUGGAGAUCACUAAGCAUUUUGUGGUGUGCCACGUGGACGCCCCAGGCCAGCACAUUGGUGCCCCCCAGAUGCCACAAGGGUAUCAGUAUCCCACCAUGGAUCAGCUAGCUGGGAUGCUUCCUAGUGUGGUGCAACAUUUUGGCUUCAAGAGCAUUGUGGGAAUUGGAGUCGGGGCUGGUGCCUACAUCCUCGCCAAAUUUGCUCUGAUUUUCCCUGAUCUUGUGGAGGGUCUGGUUCUACUCAACAUUGACCCCAAUGGGAAAGGAUGGAUCGACUGGGCUGCUACAAAAUUGUCUGGACUAACCAGUGCUUUACCAGACACUGUCCUGGCCCAUCUCUUCAGCCAGGAAGAGCUUAUGAACAACACAGAAAUUGUGCAAAACUACCGCCAACAGAUCAAUAACACCGUCAACCAGUUUAACCUACAGCUCUUCUGGAAUAUGUACAACAGCCGCAGGGAUUUGGAAAUGAACCGCAGUGGCUCUGUGCUAAAUGCUAAGACCCUGAGUUGCCCGGCCAUGCUGGUCGUUGGUGAUAAUGCUCCGGCUGAGGAAGGCGUGGUUGAGUGCAACUCAAAGCUGGAUCCAACCAACACCACAUUCCUGAAGAUGGCUGAUUCAGGCGGAAUGCCUCAAAUUACACAGCCUGGGAAACUAACAGAGGCUUUCAAGUACUUCCUGCAGGGAAUGGGCUACAUUGCUUAUGUGAAGGAUCGGAGAAUGAGUGGGGGGCCAGUGCCUUCGGCCAGUAUGACCCGUCUUGUUCGCUCUCGGACAGCUUCUCUGACCAGCGCCGGCUCCGUGGAUGGUUCUCGCAACCGUGCAUGCACAAACUCAGAUAGCAGUGAGGGAGUUGGGCAGGUCAGCCACACCAUGGAAGUGUCCUGCUGAACCCUCGUGCACUGUCUCACACGCACACAUUUAGAGAGACGUGGCAUGGAAGGAGAGCGUGAGAAGAAUGAAGGUCUCAUACUGCUUUCAUUCUUUCUUUCUCAGCCAUUUUCUAUGUCCCUUUCUCUCAGUUUUUCAGUGUUAGCCCUCAUAAAGGAUUAGUUCAUCCAGAAAUGAAAAAUACUUCAAUUAUUUAAUCACCCAGAAGUCUUCAAAAACCUGUCUGACUUUAUUUCUUUUGUAGAACA